CGCACCGCUCGUACGUCCGCGUAAAAAUAAAGUCCACGGCGCUCGUGUACUCCAAACAUUUAUAAUUAUCAGUAAAUCGCCGCGAGAGCACACGACUGGCACGGCCAGUGACCGCUCGCUGAAAAGAAAAACCGUGAUCUGUCUACCCGAGCCCUUCAGCCCACAUACCACGAAAUCCCUACGCGACGCAACUAACCCGUCAAAAUCGCGACUCCUACGCAGACACCGGUGUCGGGGGCGCUAGCCGCGUUUCAUUGGACGCCGCGUGUGAUUGUGUGAUAACGUUGUGACAGUGAUAACGAUUACAAUCCGUAUUUAAAUAUGCCUGAAAAACCUAAACGACGUAAACCAAAUAAAAACCAACGCAAUAGGAAUAAAAAUAAACAAGAACAAAAUAAAAAUAACAAUGUAGAAAGCGGUAUGAGCUCUGAAUCAUGUAGUGCUGAUGUUUAUGAAAACAAGCAAACUUGUACAGCAGUUAAUGAAACCGAACCUGAAAUUUCUAUAUCUUUAACUGACAAGGCGACAAUAAAAGAUGAAAAAAAUUCUAAAAACACUUCCGGCAAUGAGUUAAGCACGAAUCAAGAUUUGAAUAGAAAUAGCACUGAAUUGCCGGACUUAAACACUGUCGUAAGCAUAAAACUCAAUGUUGAACAAUUGGUGGACAGCGUUACUAAUGACCCGCAAUACGUCGUGGAAUCUCCUGAGCAGUCACUUAAAGGGAAACCCAAAUUAAACUCAAAUGUAAAAAGCAAGAGCUUAGAUAAUGAGGAGGCUACAAAAAUUGUUGAGAUAACCGAAGAAUGUGGCUUACAGUCUGAUGAUGAAAGUACACAACAUUUAAUUGAUAGCAGUAGUGUUUUAGUAUCUGAUGUUGAGUCGGAUAUAGAAUGGGAAAAGACAGAUGAUUUAGAAGAAGGCUCGUUGAUUUCACGUGAUUUAACUAAACCUUUAACAACUUGUGAUAUUCCUAUUACAUUUACACAAACUGAACAAAGUAGGACGUUGACACCUGAAGAAGAAGAAUCUUUGCGCAACUGUUUACAAAAUCUUCCACUGACUAAUUCAACUUAUGAUUCAUCUGAAGUUAUUGUUCAAACCAUACAAGUUGUAAAUCAUGGGGUUAAGCAUAGACUACGCAAAAAAGCAUCUGCUGAUGACUUUAUCUUUAAUAGACUGGGUCCUCCAAGAACACUAGACGUGAUUGAUGAAGAAGGUAGUGGUGAGUCGUCAAAAAGCUCAAGGCGCCAAUCAUAUUUAAGCGAAAGAAAAAAUGAUAAUGACGAUUUAGACGAUGAUGUAUUUGAAGAUAAGACAAAAACGAAUAAGUUUGUUACUAAAAUGAAUCACAAUAAGUUUGGAAGGCAAAUUCAACAACAAUGCAUGCUUCUUGGUACCAAGUUAAAAGAACCGGAAGUCAGUGAAGCACGAGGAGACUGGUCAGUGUCAAAUGUGGAAAAAAUGACUGGAGCUGAAAUUGUAUAUUUAACGGAUACAUCGAGUAGCACAAGUUCGAUUUAUGAUAAUAGUGAAGACGGGGAUGACGGAGUCGAGACAGAUGCUUCAGUCAGAAUGAUUACGCCAACAAUUGAAGUAACUGAUACUGAGACCUUGCUUAAGAAAACAUUUGCUGCAAGUCAAGAAGCAUCCACGCAAAACAUCCCUCGAGUAAUUGAAAUCAAACAGGGAGACGACCAUCAGUCAGUUUUUAACUCUCAUGAAAUAGUAGUCUUAUCCACUGAUGAAAUAAAGACCAGUUUGACUGUCAAAGACGUUGAGCCUGAUAAUAAUGUAAAUACAACGUGUGAUACGAAUAAUACGAAUAUCAGUCGCGAUUCACAAUCACAAAAAUCAAACAACGGAUACGACAUAGAAAUGAAAGUUUUAAAAUGCGAAUUAAAUGAUGCCAUAAAUAAUUUAAUAAAGGAAGUAUCGUCUGAUUCUGAAUCCUCCGAAAAAAAUGGAAAAGAAAUGUUAAAUAGACAAGAUUCUUCUAGCAGUGUUGGUUCUUCCCAAUGUACGGCCAAAUACAACCCCACUUAUUCAUCCCUUAACGAUGUCUCUAACAUUGUGCAUGAUGAUAUGUGCGAACUCCCCAUCAAUAUUCAACACACUAUUGAAACUAGUAAUACAAGUCAUGUAAACGAUGUAUUUGAAUGUGUUACAGGGACCACCUCACAAAAUAAAAAAGGAACUUUAGAUGAGCCAUCCACAUUGAAAGAUCUAUGUGUUCAAAAGGUCGUAGCAUUUCCUUAUGGUGAUAAAAUACUAGAAGAAUUGGCUUCAGUAUCAAAACAACUCCAAAAUAUAACAAUUUAUAGUCAGAACUCUAACAGUGAAACCAAAACGACGGCUAUUGGAUCACAAAGAAUUCCACAGUUUCAAUCUAAAGAAAAUAUGCCUUAUUAUCCCUUGCCUGAUGUUUCAUCUAUUGAAAAGGUAACAUUAUCUUCUAAGGAUAAUGAUCAUAAUCCACCUCCAGUGCAACCUCGCCAUUCUUCUUUGAAAUUGCCUCAAAAUGAAAAUCAUUGGGUAGGGGUUCCAACAGAAACGGAACCGGUUUAUGUUUGCUUAUCACCAUCUCAAAAAAUGCUAAUGGAAAAAACAAACACAGUUAUAACUAAGGAAGAUGCAAGUCAACUUGUUGAUAUGCAUAAAAAGUAUGUUGAUAGAAGAGGUUAUAACGAAUGUUAUGACAAAGAGCUCAGAAAAGAAAAACAGCGACCAGAUAACCCUCCUGUAGUGCCAUUCAAAUCCCAAACUGGUUCUCGGUUACUGGCGUUGAUACGUGACCCAGCUCUCACUGAUAAUAUCAAUUCUAUGAAAUCAAAGAAUCAACUAAAAAUAUUAGAUCAAAUAGAAAGUAUUGACAAAAAAUCUCAAGCCAUGUUUAAAAAGCAAGAGCUUUACAAUUCUGCUAGAAAUUUUACAAGCAACUUAAAACCUGUUCCUCCCCCUAGAACUCGUAAAUUUUCAUCGUCAAUAUAUGAAAGCGACGAAAGUUCUGAUUUUACAGAUAGUUCAUUUCGCUCUAUUAAAAAUGAGAGAAAAUCAUUUCACUACUCAACUGGUAAUUUAAGUAAAGAAAUUGAAAAUGAUAUAUCUUCAAUUCAAAAUAUGCAUCGAUAUUACACAGACUUUAGAGAUCAGUUUAAAGACCAAAGUGCUCCAAGAAGACCGUCUUUACCCAAAGAUUUGUGUGACCAGCAAAUGGAAUAUAUACGACAGAAAGAAAAAGAAGUAGAAGGUGAAAUACGUCGACUUGAAAAUGAAAAGCUUAGUAUUCCUGUAGCGCUGAAACAAGGGCCCAGGGCUCCACUAAUAUCAGAAGCCGAAGUCUAUAACGAACAAAUUACUCGUGCUAGUAGUCACAGCAUGCUUCUUAAAAAAGAUUCGGAGUUAAAACUGUCUACUCUUAAAUCGCCAAAAGUACCAGAAAAACCAGAUAAAGGAAAGUGGUCUGUUUUUAGCAGUAGUCAAGAAGAACUACUACGUGAGAAAAUGUAUUCAGAAUAUGUAAAUCAAAUGGCAGAACGCGAAGAAAGAAGGCAACAAAAAGUAAUUAAAAUAACCAACAAUAGUAAACCUGUGGCAUCUACCUCGGAAAACCCUUUUUCUAAAAGUAUGCCAGCCUUAGAUUUUCUAGAUUCUAAAGUAAAUAAUAGAAUUGAAAAAGAAUUUAUUUGGAAAGCAAGAGAAAGGUGGAACAAAUUAGGUAUCAAAGAUCCCGAGACAGAGGAUGAGCGAGAUGAGAAUAAUAAAGAUGUUUAUAAAGAACCAAAAGUAAUUGAGCACAAAAUUAAAGUUAUAGAAGGAGGUGAAGAAAAAGAUGUCAAGAAGUUGCCUAGCCAUCUGCAAGACUUCGUUCGUUUCACUGUGAAGGACACCGAUCAGGGGAAAAGCAGUCCGGAGACCGUCAUGAUCGCACCGCGGUUUAAAGCGCGCUCCACGUCGCCAGCGGUGUGGAGGCCAGGCGCGCCGACGCCGCCGCCCGCGCCCGCGCCCGCGCCCGCGUCGGUAGCACGCUCGCCGGGCGCGCCGCCGCCGCCGCCGCCGCCGCCGCCGCCGGUGUGGACCCCGGGCAGCGCGGGCGCUUCGCCGCAGACGCCGAGGAAGUCCUUCAGGCCUGUGCAUUUUGAGGAGACGCCGCCUAGUCGUAGGAAGUUUGGGAGUUCCGAGCAGAACGGCUGCACGAGUGGGUCGGAGAGCGAGGGCCGCCUGCGGACCAGCCACAGCGCCCCAGCCACCGGCCUCAACUCCUUGGGGAACUCCUCUAGCCGUCUUCCUCGUGCGCAGAACCCAACCGUCACUCUUCUGCAGAAAGCUAGAGAGGGGCAGUUACCGCGAGGUUCCAGCUACCUGCAACAGGAAAGAGAUAGCGCGCGUUUGCCGCGUGACAGAGUUUCUCCACCGAAAGGCGACCCUAUUCACGCACUACGCAGAGAGUACGCAAGUGAGGGAGAGGCGGACAGGAGCGACUACGAACGCGGAGGGCCACGUAAAAUGGCACAUGCUCAUGAAAAAGUUGAAGGAAUCGGACCCACAACCAAAGACGGCAUGCCAGUAGCUCUGAGAUCUGAAGUGAAAGACCAGUCAAAAUGGUACAAGAAAAUGUACGACACCAUACACAAAAACAAAUACGACGACGAUUUUGUGACUAUUCGGUACAAAAGCCGCCGAGGUCAACAACCACAGAGGGUGACAACCAACAAGUCCCAGUAUGCAUACUUCGAUCCCCGCUCUGGCUACCUGAGCGAGCCAGAAGGGGGCCUGAGCCGACUGGGCUCUAGCACGUGGAGUGAUGCAUAUGACAGUGAUGUCACUAACAGCCCUCGGAGAAGGACCACCUCUGUUCAGGAAGAGAGACGCCAUGAAGAAAUUACUUCGCCAUAUCUACCUAGUAAUAAGUAUAGUACCUUAGCAUCAGCAAGAGCUAGUCAAGAAGUGUACAAAAAUCAGCCCGGUAAAAUAGAGAACUAUGUCCCCGGCAGAUCUUCAGUUGUUGACAAAGAAGCUAAACAGUGGUGGGACGAGGUCAUGGACAUUUUUGAUGGGUGGCUAGACGACAACUCACCCCUGCCCCCUUACACCACAUUGCUCGCUCGCGCGAUUCAGAAGAGCCAAAUAUCAGCACAGAGCACGACGUCACUCCCACAAGCAUCGCCGAAAGAGAAGAAAGAUAUUACGUCAGCUAUUUUAUCCAAAUCUAAUAUGGCGCGAGCCCUAAAAGAGUCAGGCUACGAGUCCGACUCAACUCUAGUGUUCCGCCGGCGCGACGACACGGAAGGCCCGCUGUCCCCCGCGGAGCGGCGCGCGGCCUACAGAGACCUGCAGGCCGGCGGCGAGCCCCCGCUUAGAGGGUUCCGGUCGCCCGCGCCUCCUAGAACAGACGAAUCGGAAAUCGAAUACAUUCCGAUUUCUCCCACACUGACGAAGAUAAGAGUCCACAAGAAGUCGCCUCAGUUACAAGAAGUUAAUUGCUAUCCGGUUACCGGCAUUGAGCGAGAGACUAAAUUCAAGAAGAAAGGACCUUCGUUCAUUAGUGUUGAUGUGCCAACUAGGAUCGCAAAUUAUCCUCCCGCGCCUCCUCGAAGGAUAUCUUCCAAAAACAGUCGAACGUUAAGACUUGUCACAUCUACAACACCUGCGACAUCAUCAGCACCAACGACAGUGCAUUCCAAAUCUAAUGUUGACUUUCUUAAAAACAAAAUUAGUCACAAAUUAACCAGACAAAAUACGCAAAUACUUAGUAAAAGAGAACCAGACAAUAAAACUCUCACCGAUAAAACCACACGGAGUCGAAUUAUGUCCAUGUCUGCACCUCCAGCUGUCAAUAGAAAAAACACUGUUUUAGUGACAAGGAGUCUACCUAAAAAAUUAGCAAAUGAAAUUAGAGCUACUGGAACAAGCAGCUUUGGUUCACCAAGAAAUACUUUGUUGCCCACAGAAUAUGCCAAACCGUUACACAGCAGAUAUGACGACUCCCAAGCAUCUGUUGUUAUCGAAGGUGGUGCUGGCAGAAGAACCCCUAUUUCAAAUAUUUUAGACAAAGUAACCCCAAUAGACAAGUUAUGGAGUGCUGAAAAACGUAAUGAACGAAUUGAAAUAUCUAAAAUAAGACCAAAACCCAUAACUAAAUCCAGUGUUAGUUCGUCUAGAUUUAGCCCUUUAAAAGCUACAUCAAGUGUAUCCAAUUUGAAGUCUAAUGCAAAUUUGUCUUCGCCACACAGAAGUCGUGACAUGAUGCGGACUGCUGAAAAAGUGCAAAAAUAUAAGUUGUCGAAUCAAGCUAAAUCAAGCCCAUGUUUAACCACAAAACCUGACGUUUACAGACCUUCGAAACCGCUUCAAGUGUCUACUGUUUCCAAAGCUUCUGGGGGCACGAAAAAUCAAAACCAAAUUAAAACCGCGACAGUGACUAAUUUGAGAAAGAAGAAAUCGCUUGACAGCGGAAUUUUAAGACCUCGUAGUGUCCCGUGUCAUGAGUCAUGUAGUAAAAGGUCAAAAGAAAUGAAUAAGCCAGUGAAGAAACCUUCCAAAAUUAAAGUUUCGAGACUAAAAAGUACUACCAAGUCAUCGGACGAUUGUGAUUCUGUUAGUCAAUUUGGAGAUACAUCUAACGAUGUGUCCAAUUUCGGAUCCUUUGAAGACUUAAGAAAUUAUAAAAUAAGUGCCAAGGACAUUAAACAAACUCGUGAUGCUGUUGUGUCGGAUUCGUUCUUUCAACAUCUUUUCUUAGGGGGUACUCAUGUACCGUCAAUAUCACAGCUGUCUCCGGAAGAGAAGACGUCCGUCCUACAAAAAGCAAAAAUGUUCCAAUCUUUCCCCCAGGACCAUUACUCCACGAAGUCAUUAAACACAUAUUUGAUACAUAGGAAACCCGUAUCCUUAUCUCGUUUUAAAAUGUGGGAUAGAUAUCCUAGUCCUGUAAAAGUUCAAGCCCCGCGCUCUAUAUCUUGGCCUGGGAGGAUGUACAAGGAAAUACGCAAGUUCGAUAGCUUGUCAAAAUGUGAAGAGUUUGGUUCAAAUUCUUCCCUUGCCACGGUCAGAAGUAGAAGCGAACCUCCAACAAACAAGUUAUAUUUCUCACAAACAUCUCGGCCUAAAUCUCCAAUUGUCAUAUUCCAUAAACAUGAAAGGCCAAACAAGUCAGACAAGCCUAGUUCUAAUAGGGAUUCCUUGUCGCCUUCAAAAUUAAUUUUUUCUCAAACAUCGCGGCCAGUUUCUCCUAAAGUUACUCGUAAACAAACACAGAUUCAAAAUGACCAAGGUUCUAAUGUCAAAAGGCAAUCAUUGUCACCAACAAAAAUAAUAUUCACCGAAACUUCGCGUCCAGUAUCGCCGAUUAUAACACAUAGGAAACCCAAACUAGAACGAGAAGAAAUGCAUUUUGAAGAGAAACUGCAACCAUCGACUAUUUUCUUUUCUCAGACUUCUCGACCUGUAUCACCUAAAGUUCAGAAAAAGAAUACUUUAGGACCGUCAAGUAGAAGCCAAUCGACGUCACCAGUUUCUUUUAGAUCCCCGUCGUAUCGAAGAAUACAUAAUGCACGUAUACAAAGUGGGAAGCUAAAUGAGGAAGUGGAGCCUAAAAAAAUGAUACGUACGAGAAGCGCAGAUGAUGCCAAGAAAAGACAGCCUGUAACUAUUAAAAUCACAAAAACUAAAAGCAAUCCAAAUAUUCCUUCGGAGGAUCCAGAUUAUGACGAAUAUAUUCGUGACAUGGAAAAUUCUAAAUCUAGAUCUGAGAGAUUUCGAGAACUUAACAGAUAUUAUUCAUAUUUAGAAAGAGUUGGCGAGUUGGAAAGGGCUACAUCAACAGCUGAUUUACGCCAUAGAAAAAAAGAUGAAGAAAUCAUCGAUUUUGAUCGUUGGAAAAAAAUUAGGGCUAUAGAAAGGGCUGAGGAGGAAUUAAACAACCUUUAUCAUAAGCUAAGAGUUGCACAAACAGAAAAGGACGUUUUAUUUUAUCCCAGGGAUGUAAAGGAUUUUAGGUGGAACUAUGACAGUGAUCGAGGACUGAGAAUUAAGGAAAAAUCUGUAGAAGAUCUCAAAGAACAAUUUCAACAAGGGAAUGAAUUUGAUUCCUUGGAAUUAGAACAGUCGAAAGAUACAUACAAACCUCUUUGGAGAGGCACUAGUGUUGCAGAAACUGCUUUUAAUAUUAACAGAAAGGAUGAAAAUAAAACAAAUCGGGACUCUAUGGUGUACGUAAAACCUACAGUAAUGUUGCAAGAUGUUUCAAUUACAGAACUUCGGAAAAGAAUUGGUCUUGGUAACCGUUUAUGGAGCAGUUUAUCGAUGGAACAAGUAAAUGCUUUAAAAAACCAAUUGAAUGCCAUAUACAGCAAAGAGCUGGAAUCUAAGUCGGCGAAAUAUAAUGAUAAAUAUUAUGUAGAAGUAAAGGACACCAAAGAUGUAAAAACUUCCACGUUACACGUAAGAAGUAAUUCUCUUAACUCUACUUGCUCAUCUCCUGUCAAAGAAAACGAAUUGAUCAAAUCAGACUCAAUUGCUGCUAUAGCAUGUUCAGUGCCAUCAGUUAAAGAUCUCAAAAAUAAUGUAAAUAAAAUACAGAUGAGUCUUAGUGAAAAUGAAAAAAGAAAAAUAUCCCAAACAUUGAGUAAAGAAAUCAUGACCAGAAUAAACAAACUAGAUGGAUCAUUGUCAGAAGAUAGCCCAAAAACAACGCCCCAGCCCUUACCUGUUGCACAAGAACAAGUGGUCCUUUCAAACGGUUCAUCAACUGUGGGUGUUAUGGAUGAAAAUCAAGAAAAUGAAACUAUUGAGAGUAAGCAAGCCGCCCUUCAGGCCGAACACAUUGAAACAACACACCCGUCAUCUGCAAGCGAAACUGAAACGGGUAGUUCGGAUGUUUCUAGUAAGACUGUCAUUUACAGGGGACCCAGCAAGGAUGUUAAGAAAAAAGUCGAAUAUUUUGAAUCGGUGCAAAACACUGUCGAUCAGGCCAAAAUAAUUUACCACGCAAGAGACAGUUCAGACGAUAAAGAAACUCCGAAUAAAUGUAAAGACAACAUUGUGGAAGAUCAAAAAGACGAACCUCAAAAACCGCAAAUAUUUCAAUCGCAAUCGUGCACAAAUUUUAAAGAAUUAUUCGGCGAAAGUGAAAAAAGCAAAUUUAUGUCGCUUCCGCCGAAGCCCGGAAUAUUAUCGAGGUCGCCUUCACCCUAUUCGGAAGUGUACGUGACAGAACGGCGUACACCAGACACGCUACCGUGCUCGAGCGAUGAGACGAUCUGGCGCAGUCGGAGCCCGUCGCCCGACCCGGAGCGGUAUUGGCGCGCGUACCUCAACCUGGCUCGGGCGGGUGAGGUGCGCCGCCUGGCGCGGCGCUUCGACUCGCCCACCGCGGUCGGCGCGGUGCUGCGGCGACAUCGCAGCGACCCUGAAAUAUCACGAAAUGUCCAAAACUACGAUAGCUCCCGACGGUACAAGCAAAAAACGGUUCUACCAGUAGCGCGAGUCCCUCUUCGACCGACUAAUCGUUACAUGCCUCAUAUCGAUAUCAUAUCAAAAUUAGCGGCUCUUCGAAGACGUGCCACACCACGCUCUAGAUCAGCCGAAGAAGCGUUAGAAUGCCGCCCCGGAGAAGUGAAUCGUAUUCGACGCCGGUUCGAAACUAUGUCACUGUUAGGACAAAUAUACGCUUCCGCUCCUGACAUGAGCGAGCUGCGAGACAUCGCACCAUAUCUAGCCGGUCCGUGGAUAGCGCAUCGUUACCCUAAACGUAGCGAUAAUAAUAGGUCCGUUAAAAAUACUUCUAGUUUGGUUAGCGGGAGGAAAUCGCCAAUAAAAAAAGUGAUUAAGCCACAUGCCACAGAUCCGGUUAAAUUGAGUUCUAUAUUAAAAAGCGAUGUUUUCGCAAAACAAGAAUUUAAUGCAUCGGCACAUAGACCGGCAAGUCGCUACGAGCCUCCGCGGGCGCCGCCGAGACCGCCGCCUGCCUCGUGGCCGUACCGCCUAGCGCCCUUCGUCACGCCUUCACGUCACACGGUCACAUUUCAAGAAACCGACUUCGCCCCGGAACCACCGCGGCGUGCACCAAACGGAACCCACUCCGAUACCGAGACCCCGCGGCGCUACGUAGAGAGCGACGUCAACAUCCACUACAGAUGUCCCGUACGGCACGAUCCGCUGCCGCUGGUGCCCGAGCGGGAGCUCGCGCGCCAGCAGGCCGAACACAUGAAGCGGCUGUACAGGGAGCAGAGGCGGCACAAGUACCUGCAGGAGAAUGAUAUACAACCCCAAGACAUUGAAAUGUUUGAUGGCGCCAUAAAGGAACUGCAAGACAUGCAAAACAGGCGUCAUCAAGACAACUUCACACCAUCACAAAAAUCCGUUGUCCAACUCAACCGGUACGAUGAAGCGGAGAGAGUCGCCGCUCGCGCUGUCUACGCCUUCAACGGGCAGACGCAGAGGGAGUUGAGCUUUAGGAAAGGGGACCUCAUACAUGUGAGGAGGCAGAUAGAUGCUAAUUGGUAUGAGGGCGAGCUGCACGGGAGGAUAGGACUGUUUCCCUUUAAUUAUGUUGAGAUACUAAAAGGCGACGUGGCACAAUCACCAAAGAAGCCCGUCCCCCAAGAGGGCAAAGCUCGUGCGAAGUUUGACUUCACCGCCCAGACCAACCUCGAAUUGCCCCUUAAGAAGGGCGAAGUGGUCGUGCUGACGCGACGCAUCGACCACAACUGGUGGGAGGGCCGCAACGGCAACAAGACCGGCAUCUUCCCUGAUAGCUACGUGACCAUACUGCAGGAGCCUAGUCAAAAUAAACCUGAAAUCCAAUCAUACGCGCCGUCGGAUAAGCCCGUAGCGUCUCCCGCGGCGCACGGCCUCCUCAACGGCUCGGCCAAGCGCAGCAUGGGCGCGCACAGCUACAUGCCCACUCCCAACAACCCCGACCUCGCCAACGCACCGCCUUCCACGCAACCGCUGCCAGGGUACACGACAAAAACAGCGCAAGCAGCCAUGACCCCAUCGGAACGCGGGUACGGGCCUCCCACUGGUGCUGGAGUGGACCUCAACAACACCGAACCGCUUUACGUUGAUACCAAUGCUGAAGCUGUGCCGUACCGAGCGAUGUACAAAUAUCGCCCCCAAAACCCCGACGAGCUGGAACUAAACGAGGGCGACACUGUAUACGUGUUGGAGAAAUGCGACGACGGCUGGUACGUCGGCUCCUCGCAGCGGACCGGCCGCUUCGGUACCUUCCCAGGUAUGUGUGGUGUCUGCUGUGUGCCCUGUGAGGGGUGCCACUACUGUCGAUGUACAAAUAUCGCCCCCAAAACCCCGACGAGCUGGAGCUAAACGAGGGCGACACUGUAUACGUGUUGGAGAAGUGCGACGACGGCUGGUACGUCGGCUCCUCGCAGCGGACCGGCCGCUUCGGUACCUUCCCAGGUAACUACGUGGAGCGCAUCUGAUAGCGGCCGACGCUGCUGCGGCGCCUGCGCAGCGCCACGCUGUGCGCGCGCCGCCCGCGCGUCCGCCACCACCGCUGACCGCUGACCGCUGACCGCUGACCGCUGACCGCUGACCGCUGACCGCUGACCGCUGACCGCUGACUGCUGACUGCUGACUGCUGACCGCUGGCCGCUGACCGCUGGCGCACGCGUACGCGCACUACUACCAUUAUAACUUACAUCAUGUGCACCCCGCACUAGCCUCUCCCGAGCGUCGGCGUCUAGUCAACUCUACGGCUGCUGCUCUACGCAACGUUGGCGCACCUGCGCAGCGACGCCAUUUUCCUCGGCGCUGACUAGAGUUUUGACAGCGGUCUGCAGAGAUUUUGACAGCACACGCAGUGCCAGGUGUCAGUGUUAUUUAUACGUCAUAAUUUCAUAGAACUUUGAUGUUUAAAAUAACACCUGCACUGCGUGUGCUGUCAAAAUCUCUGCAGGGUUUUCUUGGUUCGACUCUAGACGCCGACGCUCGAAAGACGCUUGUGUGGAGUGGCCCUAACCCCGAGUCUCACGGACGCAAUAUCGUCCCCCGUUGACGAUUGAUAAAAUUCGAAAUUUAAAACUUCAAAGUCGUGUUAUGGCUGUCAAAUUUCGAUCCCUGGGACUGGAGAGGUCUGAAGUCCCGUUUUCAUGGAAUUUCCGAAGGAAAUAAAAAUCUUUGUAAGCUAUAAAAGUGGUAAGGAUGUCUUACUUUGAAAGCGAAAGACGAAUUGUGAAUAUUAUAAACAGCCUUUUUCUUUUGAAGGACUUGGAAUAUGAAUGAAACGAGUGAAACACUGAGUAUGACAAUAAAGUGACUUCCCCCUUAGGAUUGUACAUUUUAUAGGGUUCCGCACUCGUUCGUACUUUUAAUGCCUGUCGAGCGUGUCGGCGACAAAUCGGAGAGGGUGGGCCGGACGCGAUAUAAUAUAAACAUAGGGUAUACCAAAGCUGUAUAGAAAAAGAUAUCUGUAUCUGCCCUUAAAUGAUAGCUAUAUAAGGUCGAAAAGGCGAGCUAUUCGAUUGUUGAGCCAACACUUGUCAAAAUGUCAACUCUAUUAGCGAGACAAAGCGAUAGGUCUUGUUAAAUGCUUUAACACAAAGAAGCCUUGUCGAAUGAGAUUCGACCGCCAACUGGCCCCACAAACAAUUGCAGCUUGAUUAUAAAACAAUGUAACCUGUAUUACAGACGUGACAUAUCUUAUAGUGUAAAGAAACCAAACUACCAUGACUUUUUAUAACAUUUUUGUAUAUUUAUCUAUACUGCCUCAAUCCGUAGUCUCCAAUAAUCUUGUAUGGUAAUAUUGUAUCACAUUCAUGUUUAACUUGGCUGUUGGUAUAUACGGUGAUGUUCGACGGGUUUCGUUGAGUAGUUUAGAAUCUCAGUUCUAACCGUAAAGUUUGCUAACUCCGUGGCUUCUGUCGUCAUUGUCUAUUUAAUUGACUAAAUCGUAAUCUAACAGCCCUCAGCUAAUGUAAGCUAUCCUAAGUUGUGCGUCCCAAAGAGUAUGUUAAAUGAAAACGACGUUGUAUAAUUGUGUAAAGAAAUUAAUAAAAAUACUUAUAUACUUGUAUAAUUAUUUAGCAUAGUUAUUUAUUUACGUGUAGGAGUGAAUUGAGCUUGUCUUUUAAAAGUGACAUUUUAAAAGAACGAAGCCGGGCAUUCGGUACUAAUACUUAUCAAUAACAAAUUUUGUACGUACACAUAUCCACAAAAGUUAAACUUUGAAAUGACGGUAACAUGCUAACAGUAUCAAAGUUUAGACGUUUUGUGAUCAUUGGCCACUGUUAAAGCGACAAAGAUUAUGUAAUGAAAUGAAGUGUAACGUUUUACCAAAAAAUAGUUACCUCAUAAAACUUCACUAAUAACUCGUAAUACUCAAAUAAACACCCAGUAAUGUAUAUAGGGCGAGGUAUAUUCGGAAACGGUUGACAAUACAAUAUUUAUAUGCUUAAUUUUUAAUUAGGACUGUAAAAGAAUUAAAUGUGGUCUGUGGUCGGAUGUAAAAUGACCCGCGCUGCAGGGCUAUCGUUUUCCUUAUAGUUAUGUGUCUAUUAAGUCUAGUCAUGAAUCAAAUUUUGUAAGUAUAUUUUUACAUUGUGGCCUAGUUCAGCUUCCUUUGUGACUUGUGUAAUAUGAUAUUACUUGUGGUACAUGUCUAGCUAACAACGCAUACUAUAUCUGUAUUAAGUUAUAAGUAUGAAUAUAUAUUUUGUAAUCUUUACUCGUAAAGUUACUAGUAAAGCUCCAAAGUGAAGCCCUCUCCCCUAUGUCAUGCUUGUUUUAUGUAGUACAUACCAAAUGCUUUCAUUUAUUUUUAACCUAUUUGUUGUAUUUACUCUUGUUAAUUUAUUUUUAAAAGCACAAAUGGUUUAUUUUGUUGUUGACACCACGACAUAAUGGUAACAGUAAUUGAUUGUUCAAAAUCAUCACUUUAAUAAAAUAAUCCUUCUAUUUAA